AUGUUUCUAACUAUAUUGAGAUCUAUAGAUGUAAAUAUUUAUUAUUGCGCAUUUACUUUUCACCUAUUACUUUUGUUUUAUGGUCUUAUUCAUGACUGGUACGGGGGGUCAGUAAAAUUUACUGAUAUUGAUUAUUUGGUUUUUGUAGAUGCAGCAAGAGCUGUUUAUAAUGGCCAAUCUCCAUAUUCUAGAGAAACAUAUAGAUACACACCUUUGAUUGCAUAUAUAACAUGUACAAACUUCUUUUUUAAUUUACAAAUUGCAACGAAGAUGUUAUUUUGUUGUAUUAACAUAUUGGCUGGUAAACUUCUAAAUAAAAUUUUAGAGAUGGUGGCAUUAAUUAAAAUAGAUCAUAAGAAUUCAAAAGAAAAACAAGAUAAUAUUAAUAUGUACAAUUUAGAGAAUCCAAUAUUUAGGGAUAUUUUAGUAUCAUUAUGGUUACUAAAUCCAUUUUCAAUUGUAAUAGCUGCAAGAGGAAAUGCUGAUGUAAUUCCUUCAAUAUUAGUUUUGUUAACUUUGUACUAUAUAAUUAAGGCUAGGCUUGGAUUAUUUAAAAGGAGAAAAUACUUAAUAUACUCAGGAGUAUUUUUUGGUUUAGCUAUUCAUUUUAAGUUAUAUCCAAUCAUUUAUGCUGUGCCAUUUAUAUUUUAUAUUAAUCCUUAUUAUUUAAAAAUGAAAUGCUCAAUUUAUAAAUAUAUAAUCAAAUUUCCAAUUGAACUGUUUACUUCACUAGAUUACAAUCAAUUAUUAUUUGGAUUUACAAGUUUUUUGGUAUUUUCUUUAUUAUUUGGAUUUUUUUAUUAUUUAUAUGGGUGGACAUUCAUUUAUGAAGCUUAUCUUUACCACUUUAUACGCCGAGAUCAACGCCAUAACUUCUCACCAUUUUUUUAUUUAUUUUAUUUAACAAUGGAUCCAAGUAAUAAACCCUUCGAUUCUGACUUGUUAUAUAAAUCAAUUCCACUUAUUUCUUUUACAUCUCAAAUUAUAACUGUUAUGUUUGCUGGUAUAAUAUUAGUUAAUAAACAGGAAUGCUGUAUGGCUAUAUUUAUUCAAACAGUUCUAUUUGUUGCAUUUAACAAGGUUUGCACAUCUCAAUAUUUUAUUUGGUGGUUUAUACUUAUGCCAAUAGCUAUUUUUAUUUAUAUUUUCAAUAAUAUUCCUCAACAAUACAAUGACAAGAGAUCGCUAGAUUCAUAUGAAAUUUUUUGGAUAAUAAUUGAGACAACUACUCCAAUAUCUAUAUCUUUAAUACUCUGGUUAUUUGCAAAAUUAAUUUGGCUAUAUUUUGCUUAUAAAUUGGAAAUGUUAGGAAAUUCCUGUUUUUUAAGUGUAAGUGCACCUUUUUUUUUUUUCUUAUUUUUAUUUUUAUUAGAUACUUUUUUUAUAUGA